UCCUCCCCCUCCCCCCUCCCGGCCAAGAUGUCUGACAUGGAGGAUGAUUUCAUGUGCGAUGAUGAGGAGGACUACGACCUGGAAUACUCUGAAGACAGCAACUCUGAGCCAAAUGUGGAUUUGGAAAAUCAGUACUAUAAUUCCAAAGCAUUAAAGGAGGAUGACCCAAAAGCAGCAUUAAGCAGUUUCCAAAAGGUUUUGGAACUUGAAGGAGAAAAAGGAGAAUGGGGAUUUAAAGCACUGAAACAGAUGAUUAAGAUUAACUUCAAGUUGACAAACUUUCCAGAAAUGAUGAAUAGAUAUAAACAGCUAUUGACCUAUAUUCGGAGUGCAGUCACAAGAAAUUAUUCUGAAAAAUCCAUUAAUUCUAUUCUUGAUUAUAUCUCCACUUCUAAACAGAAUUCUGAUUUUUUAUGUCAGAUGGAUUUACUGCAGGAAUUCUAUGAAACAACACUGGAAGCUUUGAAAGAUGCUAAGAAUGAUAGACUGUGGUUUAAGACAAACACAAAGCUUGGAAAAUUAUAUUUAGAGCGAGAAGAAUAUGGAAAGCUUCAAAAAAUUUUACGCCAGUUACAUCAGUCCUGCCAGACUGAUGAUGGAGAAGAUGACCUGAAGAAAGGUACACAGUUAUUAGAAAUAUAUGCUUUGGAAAUUCAGAUGUACACAGCACAGAAAAAUAACAAAAAACUCAAAGCAUUGUAUGAGCAAUCACUUCACAUCAAGUCUGCCAUCCCUCACCCCCUGAUCAUGGGAGUCAUCAGAGAAUGUGGUGGUAAAAUGCACUUGAGAGAAGGUGAAUUUGAAAAGGCACACACUGAUUUUUUUGAAGCCUUUAAGAAUUAUGAUGAAUCAGGAAGUCCAAGAAGAACCACUUGCUUAAAAUAUUUGGUGUUAGCAAACAUGCUAAUGAAAUCGGGAAUAAACCCAUUUGACUCACAAGAGGCCAAGCCGUAUAAAAAUGAUCCAGAAAUUCUAGCAAUGACGAAUUUAGUAAGUGCCUAUCAGAAUAAUGACAUCACUGAAUUUGAAAAGAUUCUGAAAACAAAUCACAGCAACAUCAUGGAUGAUCCUUUCAUAAGAGAACACAUUGAAGAGCUUUUGCGAAACAUCAGAACACAAGUGCUCAUAAAGUUAAUUAAGCCUUACACAAGAAUACAUAUUCCUUUUAUUUCUAAGGAGUUAAACAUAGAUGUAGCUGAUGUGGAGAGCUUGCUGGUACAGUGCAUAUUGGAUAACACUAUUCAUGGCCGAAUUGAUCAAGUCAACCAGCUCCUUGAACUGGAUCAUCAGAAGAGGGGAGGUGCACGGUAUACUGCACUAGACAAAUGGACCAACCAACUCAAUUCUCUCAACCAGGCUGUCGUCAGUAAACUGGCAUAACAGAACAGGCUUUGACAGACAUCCUCGAGGCAACAGUGCAGAAAUGUAAACCUUGAACUGGGAAUGGCAAAACUACUGUCGGUUGAUGUGUCCUGAAAUUUAUUGGAGUUAUGGCAGAAGUGCUUUUUUGAUCAACUGGUUUGUGUUUUGCUGCUGCAUUUAUCCCAAGAAAAACAGCUUUAAUCUCCAGAAGAAAACCAAAAUACCAUGGGAUUUAUGCUGUAUUGACAUCUUGCCCUAAACAUACAACAUCAUAGUAAUUUGUCGUGGGCAACAUGACCAGAGAGAAGAUUUUUGUCAUGAUUUUAAAUACACUGACACGCUACUGUUGGUUAAAUUUAAACAUGUUUUACCUGCAGAAAUUCUCUCACAAAUAACCUGCAAUAACUUGAAACGCAUACCCUUUUGAACACUUCCUUUUCUCAUGUAUAAAUGGAAAUGUUUGCUGCAUUUUGCAAAAUGUCAAUUCUCCAAAAAUGUGUCCAUAUAUUUCUGUACCUGCAGUGUAGUAAAGGUUUAGAUGAAACCCCAUAAUUAUAGUGGCAUACUGUCACUUAGGUUUCAAGCAGCAAAAUAAACAGUGCAGCUCAGAAGUUGUAGUUUGGUUCUUGAUGUGUUUUCAUUACUUUUGGGAUUGUUUUGUUUCUUAGUACCUUAGAAGUCUCAAGCUGUUUUAUAUUCAGUUGAUUUUAAAAAGCCGGGGGCAAAUAAGUUGUGGUUAUUUGCUUUCAAGUUUAUAAGUAGUCUUUAUUGACGAAGUAAGGAGAACGACUUCCUAACAAAAAUUCUUUUUUUAAAUGAUAUUCCUUUAAAAAGAGUAAGUUCUAACUCAGAAUGUCUCAUAUUUAAACAAAUAUGCCAGAACAUAGACAGCUAAAUGAAUGUUACCUUGCAUAGUGAUCUUGCUGGAAGGUUAUUUCCUGAUGCCAGCAGUUUACCAUUGCCCGAAACCUCUUGGGUUUGCUCUUUUAUAAUUGCAUUCAAAGUUAACUCAUACACAGUGUAAUACCUUUAUGAUUAUGCAUUGUUUAAAAAAGAAAAAGAACAUUUUUUUACGAAGCUGAUUGUUUCUAGCUAUCAUCAUUUUGACAGUUUCCAAUAAUAAAAUCUGAGGUAAUGCAGAAAGUAUGCUCAUGUCUGCAAGCAACACCAGAAGAGUUUUAUAAAGAUAUUUUGAGCAGUGGCAGUUAUAGUUCAAAGAAUGAACUGUGGCCUUCCAAAGGUGACUACCUUAAAGGAACUAGGCUCAUUUGAAUGUAUUGAGUUUUGGAUGUAUUUUGUUUUAUUUUUUUCUUGAGUUCACAUUAGUUUAUAGUGUCAAAAGGAAGAACUAAGAUGAACAUAAUUUCUUUGGUUUUUCUAUUGCUUGUUAUUAUGUAAAAAGUGAGUGGCAGCGCAGAAGAAGACUGUUAUAACUGAAGAGUUACAACCAAGAAUUUUUGAUCAUUAAAUCAGAUUUUAUAAACAGUGGAAGGAGCAUGGACUUAAAGCAAGGCAUGCUUAUUCGGUUUUGUCAAAAUUUUACGAAAAUAUGUGAUAUAUAUUUAUACUAAAACUAUAUAAUCCUUAGAUUUAGGAAAGCGAUCAGUUAUUGUCUUUAGCAGAGUAAAGCAGUAUUAAAUACAGGUAAAUGUUGGAAAUUGUAGAAACCUGAGAGAAAACAAAAGACAAAAUUACUGUCUAUAGUAGGGAAUAAAAAAGUUUAAGAUAUUAUAAAAAAAAUUAUGUGUAUUUUCUUCUCUUUUACAUAAAUCAUUUGUGAAAAGUGUGUUAAUUUUUUUUACAAGAGUGAUAAUUAGGAUUUAUUUUUCAGUAUAAUUUGGAGACCCUUUGUUAUCCAAAUAAAAAUGACAAGUUUCUGUGCCUGUAUUCCACUAUGUAUGCAUGUGAUAACCCUACAAAGCUGAAGUUCUACUUAACUCUAAAUUUGUGGAAUUACAAUUCAAAAAAUUUGAGUCAUGUAAUUUAACUCUUACUCUGCAACUCUUAAAAUUUCCAUUUGUCAGUUUCAAAAACAAAAAAGAUUAUCAUUUGUCCUGUGAUGAAGUCUUUACUGGGUAUAAUCCUGAAUUUUCCAGAUUCUAGGGAGAAAGCAUAUACUUUUCAUAUUCUUUGAAAAAGUGAGCUAGUUGUGGAUAUAUGGCAGUAUCCAUUGCUAUACACUAACCAGUUUAACUGUAUAUAUAUAUCAGGCAUAUAAUAACUUCAGAUAUACUUAAUAUCAGUCUACCAUUUAAAACAAAUUAUUUUUCCCUUUUGAACAUUUUUCUGAGUUAAAUACUAUAGCAUUGAAAUCUGAGAAAUUGCUUUUCAUAUUAUAACUAAAACUUUAAGUAAAAAUCAAUUUGGAAUUUUCUAGUGAUUAUCCACUAGUUAAAUCUUUUGCUCUUUCCCAUAAGUAGCUUGUAUCCUUGUAAUGUAGUCUUUUUUUUUUUUUCUUUUUUAUCCUAAACCUGGUUAAAGUUACUGCUACAAAUACAGGCCAUUGACUGCGAGAGCUGGACUUCUAUUACUCAUUCUUGCCCUUGGAAUAGUUGAAGAUGAUUUGAGCUGAUCCGUACUGAGUACUUCCUUUACUAUUCCUCUGUAAGUGAUUGUGGAUGGUGUGCCUGUCAAGACUCUUAAGAACCUGGCAUCACAUGGGAAUGUAGUUUUACACAAAUCCUUAUUUCAAAGAGCUGUGCUGUGAGUCAUACCGUGGUGUGUGUUACCUGAUAUUAGACAUAGAUUUGUCCCGGAUAAAUUAAAAAUUAAAAAAGAUCUUGCUUUUUGAAAUAGCAAA